AUGAUACUCCUACCACGUUUUCUUCAUCCUGAGGCAAUUGUCACUAUUACAAUUCUCUUUUCAUUUUUUUUUUCUUCCUCGAUUAUUUGUUGCUAUUCAUAUUUAGGUAUAUUCCCCCUCUCCCUUUCUCUUUCUCUCUCUUGUUUUCCUUUUUUCAUUUCUUUCUAUUUUUCUCAUUCGCCUUCUUUCGCUUUCUGUCUUUCUCACAUAUGCAUACACCUUCACACCCUCUCUCAUAGUCUCUUUUACAAUUUCUUCAACUAUUUCACUUCCUGUCUCUCUUCCUUGUCUACUUCCACUUUCUUUUCCAUUCUUUCUUCCCAACAUAUAAACUCCCUUUCUCUAACUUUAUCUCUAUUUCUAUCUCGCUUCCUCUUUCUCCCGGCUCUCUUUCUCCCAUCUUCGUGCUCUUUUCCUUUCUCUCUAUUCCUUUUUCCUUUUCUCUCACUUUAUAUCCUCUACGGGUUCUCUUUCCCAAUUCCUCCCCUUAUAUCUCUUUUGUAUUCUUCUUCUCUUGCUUUCUCUCUUUUUCAAAUAUGCAUACACGCUCGCACAGUCUCUCAUAUUCUCUUUUUCAAUUCCUUCAACUAUUUCAACCUUUCUCUUUCAUCCCCCUCUCUCUCUGUGUAUGUUGUCUUCUUUCUUUUUCCCAUUAUCUCUUUCCCACUCUCUCCUAUUUCUCUUCUGCAAUUCCGUUUCUCCUUUCUUUUUUUCUUUUAA